AUGUUGCCAGCAGCGUCCUGUCGAUGGGUCUCGAGGAGCAGAGCUCUUUUGGCUCGCCCCGUCAGCACCCUCUCCAACAACAGUCACAUUAAAGUCUUCAAUGACCCAAAUAACCCCGUCAACCACAUUCUGACCUACCUCGACAACGACCCCCCAAUCAGUCGCCUUGCCAUUGGCACUACUUCGCAGAUUCCCCCCACACCGAACACAUUCAAGGAGAACCGCGAGUUCAUGAAGAUCCUGGAUCAAGUCGUCGAGCAACACGGGCACGAGGACAGUGACGUGACCAACCAGGCACAGGCCUUCGCGUCCACGGGCGGUUUCAACCUAGGCUCGGGCGGUGCCUUCGUCUCCGGUGCGCAGCGUCGACAAAACAGAGGCUCAUCAGCGAAGCAAGGCGCGGGUGGGGGUGCAGGCGGAUCGGGAGCGGGCGGCGCGUCUGCGCAGGGUGGCGCCGGCGGUGCUGGCCGAGGCGGCUGGGUGCAUCUGAGCGAUCGGAGGAACCCACCGGACUUUGGGCGCAUCGCCUGGCCGGAGGAUAUCCUGGGCAGCGUCGAAGUGGACGACACGGGCAACGUCGUGGGCAGGUGCCAGCCGAGUGGGACAUACAGGGUGUUGACGAACGAGGGGAUGCUGGGCCUGAGCCCGUUUCUGAGGGCCAGGUUAAUAGAGAGGCUGAAAGAGGAGGCGAAAAGGGGGCAGUAG